AUGAAAGAGGCCCAGGAAGUGUCCGUGGCGAAGCGCCUCCAAAUAGACGGCGAGAAAACUUUACUUAUCACAAAGGCUAGAUCAGCGGAGCAGUACGGAUGGAGGGACGGCGGCGACGGUGUCGAGAGACGUGGAGCGCGGCGCGUGCCCAGUCUACGGUUAGCGAACGGGCGGGUGGCCGCGGCUCAGUCCGAAGAGGAAAUCCGCUCGCCUCCACCGCGCCGUUUAGCCAAGGAUGACUCUAUCAAGAUCAGCAUCGAGAACACGAACACGUGCACCGAUUCUUUGGUGACCGCACUCGAUGACGAAACGUUGCUUAUCGCGGAUUACCUUUCCAACGACAUGAAUUAUAAGGGUAGCGGCAAAGUCCAUUUCGGUGUGGACGAUGUCUCGUUGUACGGCACCCCAAAGGAAGAGCCCGGACCCACCCCCCUGGGCUCCGCGGAAGCCGGUAAACAAAGUUUCCUCAAGAACCAGCUACAAGCACUCUUUCAACCCACGGACAACAAAUUGGCCAUGAAACUUUUUGGAUCGAAGAAGGCACUUAUGAAAGAACGGAUUCGACAGAAAGCUUCAGGUCAUUGGGUUAUACAUCCUUGUUCUAGCUUUAGGUUUUAUUGGGAUUUGUGUACUUACAAAAUAUGUAAUAAUGUCAUGGAGAUUAUUUUAAAAUGUCAAUAA